CAUCAACUCGCCGACUCAAACACCACACACGCAUCGCACCUCUUCAGCAGCUCAUGGUCCUCUACGAGCUCAUCUGCAUCACACGCUCAUCGCUACCCGAAGCGACACUCAGAGAAAUUGCCAAAACAGCCGGCUCGCAAGUUGUACAGAACGGCGGCGUGGUGAGAAGUCCCGUCAAGAAGUAUCAAGCGACAUACGAUGAUGGCAAUUACAUGAUCAUGAAAUUCGACACCAAUCCACGCGUACAGAAAGAUGUAUCGCUCACCAUCAAGCUCGACCCGCGAGUCUUACGGCAUUCCAUCGUCAAGCUCGGCGACAAGCUCGAUGAAUUGCAUUAGACCCGCUUGAUGCGAUUCACGACCAGCAUAUAGCGCCAUUGUUGACUACUGUACAUGAUGCAUUUCGAGCAUGACCACUUCGAUAUUAUCUUCAUUGCUGCCAUCUGUC